AUGGAGGCCACCGUGAUUGAUCUGCCGCGGUGCUGCACUAGCAGAAUGACUGCCUCUAUGAGCCACCGGGGCCUCCUCCUGGCCGCUUCGGUGGACGGGAGGCUCAAGGUUGUGGUCUCGGAGACCCAGGUUAUAUCAAUGUGGACCAUGUUACCACCCAUCGAGGGGGAGCCGAGCUCGCCGCCGAGAUGGAUCCGGCAGGUGCUGAUAGACAAGCAGGACUGGGGCGUGCACAACUCAGUUCAGUUUGAAGGGUUCGGGCUGAGGAGUGGCACUGUCAUCUUAUAUGUCGGUAGAGUUGGCCUCAUUCGCCUCAACCUUGCCACAAAAGAGGUGGUUGUCGUCUACCACCGCAGCGAUACGGCCUACAUCUCGCAGGUUUGCCUGCACUAG